AUGGCACACCGGCGCUGCCAGGUCUUUUCGCCGGUGGUGUCCUAUGGCAUCUCUUUGCUGAUCUUGCUGCAUGUGAUUCUCCUUGGAGUGGAAGUUGAUAUAUCUGCAUCUGUUGGCCUGGAGGAUGUGCCUACAUGGUUUAGCACAUUCAACACUGUCAGCGUGGCGUGUUUCGUGGUGGAGAUGGCGCUGAAACUCCUGGCUUUGGGUUGCCGGAACUUUUGGUUGGGCGAGGACAGCUCUUGGAAUAUCCUGGACUUUAUUGUCGUGGCGAUUUCUGUGUUUGAUGUGGCCAUUGACAUUCUGUUCCAGACUCUGUGGCCCUCCUUGAGCACCUCUCAGCUGCGCCUCCUUCGCUUCGCGCGCUUCGCCCGCGCCUUGCGCUCCAUCCGCGUGGCCAAGCUCUUUCGGCAUGUGCGCGCGUUGAGGACAUUGGCCUUGUCCAUCAUGAGCACGAUGAGCUCACUUUGCUGGACUUUGGCACUUUUGGUGAUCCUAUUUUAUACCUUUGGAGUGAUGCUUACACAGUUGGUGGUGGAACACUGCCGCUUCCUGGGGCAAGACCGCACUGGCACCGGCGAUCCAAUGGCACAUUGCCCCGAGAGUCUCAAGAAGUACUGGGCCUCCGUACCAGAGAGUAUGCUGACUCUUUUCAUGGCGAUGUCCCAAGGCAUCAAUUGGGUGGAGGCGAUGGAGCCCUUGCGCGAAGUGCACUGGGGAGCAGUGGUUUUGAUUUUGGUCUACAUUGUGAUCACCAUUUUCACCAUCCUGAACGUCGUCACCGGCGUGUUUUGCAACACGGCCAUUGAGAGUGCCAGUGCCGACAAGGACGUCGCGACCUUGAAGCAAGUCCAGGCCAAACAGAAGCAGGUGGAAGCACUCCAACAGAUCUUUCAAGAGAUCGAUCGCGACCAGGAGAACGAAGUCAGCUUCGAGGAUGUGAAGACCGCCAUCGCCAGCGGCGAGCUGGCGGAUUUCUUGGAGUCGAUCGGUAUUUCCACGAACGACGUUUGGACUCUCUUCAUGCUUUUAGACUCGGACCGGAAGGGCUCGAUUGACCUCGACGAGUUCGUCUCGGGCUGCAUGCAGCUGCAUGGCCCGGCCAAGAGCUUGCAGAUGGCGAAGAUGAGCUAUGAGAACAAGCCUCUUGGGAUGAGAAGGUGGUGCACUCUGACGAUGGCAUCACAUGGAAGUGGAUGCGGCAUAGGCACAAGACGACGUUCCGAAGCAGCGAAGCCGGGUGGGCCAUCCACCUCCAUGUCAUGUGAGUGGCAGCAUUUGCUUCGGCCAGCCAGCAUGGUCCAGUGGUCCCGUCUUCACGGAAGCACGGACGCACCUGGUGUUCCUCCGUUCGGUGUUCCUCCGUUCCGAUCCGACGGAUUUCUGGAGACCAAUCCAGUCACGGAGCUCGGGGGGUGCGAUCCACGGAGGAAGUCGUGGUGCCCAUCAUCCACUCACGUAAGGGGAUGAGCCACACCACCCCGUCUUGUGACUCCUGGAAUAUAUUUAUUGAAUAUAUAAUUCCAUCUAUACUUGGAACCUGAAGUGAAC